CCUAUCUCUCUUUCUCGCCAGUGUCGGGAUGCACUGGCUUGCACAAGCAGGGUAGGAAGUAUGUCAUGAGGUGAUGACAUAGCGACAGAGCCGUGGCCACAUCUUCGCCGACUCUUCUUUUGGUUCCUGGAGACUUAUUUUUGCCCCGUCCGAUCCUGCUGUGUCCACACGAGGAGAUAGAACUAAAGAUAGCCUACCUUAAGUUCUCUUGUUCUCUUUUUUUCAGUUUGCUUUUGGAUGAUGGGAUUUUAACCAUGUGGAAGAUAUUUGAGUGGUUCCCCUGGAUUUUGCUGACAUUGCACCUCAUCCCGCCUGGUUUCCCCUGAACAGGAUGGACACUCUGGAGUCAGAGCUGACCUGCCCAAUCUGCUUGGAGCUCUUUGAGGACCCACUGCUGCUCCCCUGUGCCCACAGUUUAUGUUUUGGCUGUGCUCACCGCAUCCUUGUCUCGCACUGUGCCACCAACGAAUCGGUUCAAAGUAUCAGCGCCUUCCAGUGUCCCACGUGCAGAUAUGUCAUCUCCUUGAGUCCUGAACGUGGCCUUGAAGGACUCAAGAGAAACGUGACCUUGCAGAACAUCAUCGACAGAGUUCAGCAGGCCUCAUCUUCAGGUGGGCUUCCUUUGCCGCUGCCCCUGCCUGCCCCCCAAAGCGGGCCCAACUCGCCUGGUGAAGAAGAAAGUCAGCGGCUGGCCCUAGUCCCCGUCAGCGUCGCCAUGUCAAGCCCAGGCACCCCUCUGGAACCGGUCAAGUGCCAGUUCUGCGAGCAGGAUCCGCCACAGGAGGCAGUUAAGACGUGCGUGACAUGUGAAGUGUCGUACUGCGAGGAGUGCCUCAGGGCCACUCACCCCAACAAGAAGCCAUUUACUGGACAUCGGCUCAUUGAGCCCAUGCCAGGCUCCCACCUGCGAGGGCUCCAAUGCUUGGAGCACGAGGAGGAGAAAGUCAAUAUGUACUGCGUAACGGAUGACCAGCUCAUCUGCUCCCUCUGCAAACUGGUGGGAAGGCACAGAGACCACCAGGUGGCUGCACUGAGUGAGCGCUUCGAAAAACUCAGGCAAGCCUUGGAUUCAAACCUGAGUAAUCUGAUCAAGAGGAACAACGAGCUGGAGUCGCUAAUGGGGAAACUGAUUCAGACUUGUCAACAUGUGGAGGUGAAUGCAUCCCGCCAGGAGGGUAAGCUCUUGGAUGAGUGCGACACUUUGAUCGACAUCAUCCAGCAGAGGCGACAGAUAAUUGGCAACAAGAUUAAGGAAGGGAAGGCGCAAAGGCUACGCAAGCUGGCCCAGCAGAUCUCCAACUGCCAGCAGUGUAUCGAGAGAUCCUCUGUGCUCAUCACACAAGCCGACCAGACACUGAAAGAGAGCGACCACGCCCGCUUUCUGCAGACCGCUAAGAGCAUUAACGAGAGGGUUUCCAUGGCAACUGCAUCAACCCAAGUGCUUAUUCCUGAGAUACACCUGACAGACACGUUUGACAACUUUGCCCUGGACUUCUCCAGAGAAAAGAAACUGCUGGAAAAUCUCGAUUACCUCACUGCUCCGUCUGCUCCGUGCAUCCGGGAAGAGCUGUGCACAGCGUCCUACGACACUAUCUCAGUCCACUGGACAUCUGAUGAUGAAUUCACAGUAGCGUCAUACGAGCUCCAAUAUGCUAUCUACACUGGACAGUCCAACAUUGCCAGUCUGUGCAAUUCAUUGGAGAGCUGGAUGAUUGUGCCCAACAUCAAACAGAACCAUUACACUGUACAUGGCCUACAGAGUGGCACCAAGUACAUCUUUGUUGUCAAGGCGAUUAACCAGGCAGGGAGUCGAAGCAGUGACCCGGGGACUCUAAAAACUAACAGCCAGCCCUUCAAGCUCGACCCCAAAUCUGCUCACAAGAAGCUGAAAAUCUCACACGACAACUUGACGGUGGAGCGCGACGAGAGCACAUCGAAAAAAGGCCACAGCCAAGAGCGGUUCUCCAGCCAGAACAGCUACGGCGUGGUGGGGAACGUUUACAUCGACAGUGGGCGCCACUACUGGGAGGCCAUGAUUGGAGGAAGCACGUGGUACGCCGUGGGCAUAGCAUACAAGUCGGCGCCUAAGCACGAGUGGAUCGGCAAGAACUCCUCGUCGUGGGUGCUCUGCCGCUGCAACAACUCCUGGGUGGUCCGCCACAACAGCAAAGAGCUGGCCAUUGAGCCUUCGCCCCAUCUGCGCAGAGUAGGCAUCCUCUUGGACUACGACGCUGGUCACCUGACCUUCUAUGACGCUGUGGGCUCACAGCACCUGCACACUUUCCACGUUUCCUUUGCCCAAGCCGUGUGUCCCGUGUUCAACGUGUGGAAUAAGUGUCUGACAAUCCUCUCGGGCCUCCCCAUCCCCGACCACCUGGAAGGACUCGAGCCUCAAGAAUAAACACCAAACCAACAUUUGUCCUGCACUCGAUAUUUCCUUUAACUUGGCCACCUCCCCAAAAUUCCGUCUCUUAGAGUUGAUACAAACAUACUGUGUGAGUUUUUUGCCUCAGUAAGAAUCCUAACCUGGAUGGAGGGUCACCAGUAAGCAUUCCUGAGAAAUAGACGACACUAAGCAGAAAUUCCCACAUAAAUUGACAGACGUUUGCACAACAGGGAAAAAGGGAGAAGGUAAUUAUUGACUUGACAGCAGCCGUCAAUUUCACACUCGUGCUGCAAGCACAUGUAGAAAUCGAUUUAGCGUUACCACGAUUCAUGACAGAAGUAAAGGACCGAAGGAGAUGCUGUUAACUCUGUAAUAAAAUUUCCCAAUUGAGGAGUGUGAUUUGGAAAAACAGGAUUUCCUGUUAGGAAAAAAACAAAAUCAACAACAACAACAAAAAAAAAACAAACAGAUACAGCCAUUAAUGUGUUUGCUAUUUUUUUGGGAGCUUUUGUAUUGGGAAAGCAACAAAUUCCCGUUGACUGCAGUGAUACUUCCCGUUGGUGUGUUGAAAUGCACAAUUUAUCUUCUAAAUUUCGCCAACCAUGCUGGUAAAGAGGUAUUGUGAAAACACUGCACACACACAUACAGAUUCGAUCUUGUUUUUACACAGGCCUAUUCACAAAUGUUGUUUGCAAAGUUAAAAAGAACAGAUUGACGGUAUUCUUUGAGCCAACAAUCACCACUUGAUGAAACGCCAAAUGAAUCCGUAUAUGCUGUCAUUCUCUGCGAUUGUGUAAAUAGGCUAUAAAGAAAGAAAAUAAUAAUCAUGCUUUACAUUUUGGUGAAAGUCCAUUUUAAACAUGACAUAGAUAAUUUCCAAAGAAAAACAGAGACACUUUAGAUUCUAAAACCCCUGUUUUUGAGCAACUGGAGCUGCUCAAUGUAAAUAGAAAGAUUUUGGUUGCAUUUCUUGGUGAUGCUUUGUUGUCAACCCUGGUUCAUCUUAAGGUGUGAAAAUUCUGUGUUUCCGUGGAAAUAGAUAAACUCUCUCCUCUUGUGUUUAUAUAUAUAUACCGGUAUAUAUAUAUAUGUGUGUGUGUGUGUGUGUGUGUGUGUGUGUGUGUGUGUGUGUGUGUGUGUGUGUGUGCGUGUGCGUGUGUGUAUGUACAGUAUGUGCUCUGAUGCGUUCUGCCUGCAUGGAGAAGGGUGGAAAAAUGGGUUGUGGAGUGUCGUCUCACCUGUGCUCUGAGAAGUAUCUUUAAGAAGGUCAAGAAUAAAUAUUAAUUUGCACACAGAACAUGACUACUUGUUUUUCCCCAUAGGAGGUUAAAAUUUUACCUUCCAAGGUUCACUUAAUCUAACUCAAGGCAUAACCAGUUUCUGCGAUUCAAAUACUGCACUUAUUUCAACACAAUUUCAUUUGAAUGUUGGUUAAAUCCUGCAAUGAAACAUGCUCACCAACCCAGUUGCUUCCCUCUGAAGUUCACUGCUAUGAAUCAAUACAGAAGCAAAUGAUGUGUUUAUUUUUAUCCUUGGUGAAAUGUUCCUCGCCGGUAAAAGAUCACAAAUUAGACUGACCAUAACCAAAGGCAAGUCAAGGCUGCUUUGUUUAGACAUAGCACAUUUCCUACACGAGGUAAAUUGUGCUUCACAUGAUUAAAAGUACAUUUGAAAGCACUUAAAGCACAAACGAACCGCAGAUAUUUGAUUAGGACGUGAGCUGGCUUUGUGCCCAACCUUUGUUCACAUGCGGCGCACACAAUGUCAUGCAGCUGCAGUGCCCCGCAUUAGCAUUUUAAAACGGGCACGACGCAGCUCACAGCAUCAUCCAGCAGCCUCGUUUGGCUUCAAGGGGACCUUGAGUGGAACUUUGUACUGGGCGUGACGUUCCAGUCCACUUGUUUCCUCACGUCGUGCGGAGAUUGGAUCGGUGACCUUCAUCCGCAAACACCACUUCUUCGUCCUAAAAGCAAACUUUGACCCACUCAUCGGUUCGUACAUACACACGCCCAGCAGAUGUCACUGUGAAAUCUCAAGACAAUCCACCUGAGCUCCCACUUUUGAGAAUUAAAAUAAAAACAAAA